GCUGUACCUUCGUGUCAAAACACAGAAGGAAGCCAGCAGAAGGCACCAUAGGACCUCAUUUCUGUUCCACCUUUAGCGCUGUUUUUCAGAAAGUGUUUGUCUUCACAGACUGUUUUCCCUCUUCAGUUACGUCCGCGUACCAUGACCGAACAAUCAGCAUUACUUCUUCGAAAACAACUGGCAGAGCUCAACAAGAACCCUGUGGAGGGCUUUUCAGCUGGUCUAAUAGAUGAUGAUGACAUAUACAAGUGGGAAGUUGUGAUUAUUGGUCCUCAAGAUACUCUUUUUGAAGGAGGGUUUUUCAAAGCGUACCUAACGUUUCCCUAUGAUUAUCCACUACGACCUCCAAAGAUGAAGUUCAUCACUGAGAUCUGGCAUCCCAAUGUUGCAAAAAAUGGGGAUGUUUGCAUCUCAAUUCUGCACGAGCCAGGAGAGGAUAAGUUUGGUUAUGAGAAACCUGAGGAACGCUGGCUUCCGAUCCACACUGUAGAGACGAUAAUGAUAAGUGUUAUCUCCAUGCUGGCAGACCCCAACAGUGAUUCACCAGCAAAUGUGGACGCUGCAAAAGAGUGGAGGGAGGACCCAAACGGUGAAUUCAAGAGGAAGGUGGCUCGGUGUGUAAGAAAAAGUCAAGAGAUGGCAUUCGAUUAGGAAUCUGCUGUAAAUUCCAGGUUUGGGGAAAUGCCUUCAGAGACAAAACUUCAGCAAAAGGCUUUUGCACCCUUUGUUUUGCCAGUCAAAGGAAUUGGUUGGCCUCAGCCAUGUUUCUGUGAACGGUCUGCCAGAUGAGCCAAUUUGAGAACCCUACCAGCAAAAUUAACCUGUUUCCUACCUGGAAUUGUAUAUUUAAUUUUAUUUAUUUUGAGAAAUUAAUGAUGUAAGAUAUGUCACUACUGUAAAUUAACUUGCUUUUUUAUCUGCUGCUGAACAGUUUCUACUUUAUACCAGGUUUCUUAUGCAAUUUAGUGGUCAAGAUUGUGUAAAACAAAAGCCUGUUCUCAUACUUGUCCUCCCUGCUGCAUACUAAUCCCAUUAUUGUUACCCCAAAAUCUGUCAAUAAGUCUGUUGUUUGUUUGUUUUUUCCCUUCUCCCAACAGUCAUUGAAUCACUGUUGCCUUUUGUUGGCUUCACCUCCUCACAGUUUGCUUAUUGUUUAAAUGAACAAGGUGAGAUCUUUUAGAGCAACUUAGAGUUUUCAUGUUUUUUUGUUUUUUUUUUCCUGAGAGACAGCCUUCUGGUUGCAUUUCCUUCUGAUGCCAGUGUGCGUCUCAGGUGUUUAAAGCCAUGACUUUCUAACAAAUCUGCACGAUUCCCUCUUUUCUGUGGAUUUAAUUGGAACAUAGUUACUCUGAUGUUUUGACUCCCACAGGCGUUAGUAAUGGUAUCAGAAGUUUGUACCAACAAGGUCUCAAUUAGCAAUUGGUAAGAUAAAUUUCUUACAUCCCCGGUCAUUCCCUUUGACAUCUAGCCCUUCUGGCCUGACAAGGUAGUCUGUGAAUAAUCAGUUAGCGUAUGUUAUCAUUAAUCAUGGCCAAUUAAAUCUUUUCUCUGACACCCCCCACCCCACCACACACAGAGUUCAGCUUGGCACCUGAGCUUACCUCAAUUUGAAUGGAUAACAACUUUGACCAGGUUAAUGGUUGAGUUAUUAAUCUGUUGGGGGUGUUAUGAGCUCUGUAAUAAUUAGGCUAGUGCUACUUUUGGCUUUUUAUCAGUGUGUGUGUGUGUGGGUAAAAAACAUUCACUUGUGGGUUUGGACUCUUGAGGGUAGAUUUAUGAAUGAUGCUAUUCUAUCCACAUCUUGAGUUCUGAUUGGUGCAUCCUUGGAUAAUAUAUAUGGUUUUUAUUAAAUCAUAUAAUCUCCUUUUGAGAUCCUUGAUGGAGACUUGAAGUGAGCUAACCACCUAGUAAAGUAAAGUACGUUUUGGGAAAUAAAAACUCUGGGUGGAGUUUGGGAGCUACUGGCCUGUUUUCACUUUAAUUGAUGGUGUUGCUAACUGUUAAGCCAUGAUUACAUCUAUUUAGAAUUUUACAAUUAUGUUCUACACGGUCAAAUCUGUGUUGGACACUGAAAAUAGCUUAUCAUCUUUUGGCGCAUGCAAUCAGGUUUAAGGAGUAAGGUAUGUUUAAAUAGAAAACCAUUGUUAGUAUAUUCUGGGUGAAUGUGACGUGUACAGUUAGUAGAUUUGUGUAGACUUGAUCACAUAAACUGCUGUUGACAUGAUCUUUUUAAGUCAGAAUUUCUUACCUACCAUGACCUCCUCUGACCGGUGUUCACUGUAUUUGCACAGAUUUGGUGCGUUUGAAAUGUCAUUAAGCAAUACGCUCUGAAAAUGGUGUGUCCAGGUAAUCCAACACAACGCCAUUAUUUGUAGGUUUUCCUUUUUUUUUUCUUUCUUUUUUGUUUUGUUUAAUUUUGUGUCAAUGCAAUGUAUAUUGGACAUGAUGCUCAAUAAAGCGUGUAAACAGA